AUGCCGGCUGUUUGGUCUGUCCCAGAGGCACUUGUAGCUGCAGAGCUCGCAACAGCAUUCCCAUCCAACGCUGGUUAUGUGACUUGGGUCAGUGCUGCGUUUGGACCAUUCUGGGGAUUUCUCGAAGGCUUCCUCUCGUGGGUGGCCGGUGUGAGCGACAAUUCGAUUUAUCCCGUUCUUUUCUGCGAUUAUUUGAAGCAUGUGUUUCCAGCGGCUGCGGAGGGAGCCCCGCGCUCUCUGUGCGCGCUUGCGUUUGCAUUGACGCUGUCAUGGUUGAAUUACAUCGGCUUGGACAUCAUGGGUUGGUCAGCUGUCGGGUUGGCAGUGUUUACCAUUAUGCCCUUUCUGUACAUAGUGCCAGCUGGCCUGCCUGAAGUGGAGGUAGUGCCUAGGCUGCAAGAAGCUUGCCCAUGUGUCGCCGAAACCCUUUCCUAG